UCAUUCGCACUCGCCCACGUGACGCCUUGGGUCAUCAAACAUGGCGGCCUCCUUACUGUGCAGGAGGACAGCUUUGCUGUUUGACAUUACUCGAUUAAGCUCUAAAUUAAACUUUCUCCCGGCUGUUGUCCAACAGGUCGCGCAUUAUAACCCCAGACCGCUCUGGGUGAAUAUCAAGAAUCCGUACAUACCUGAUAAAAGCAGCGAGAAGACACCCGACUGGCAGAAGACGGACAAGUAUGAUCGCAAACUGUUCGGGCGAUACGGACUGUCGUCUGGAGUGAACCCGGCCAAACUCUGGCCGUCUCACGCCAAACUGGAGGAGAUGAUCGCCGAAGAGAGAGAGUGGCAUCCACCGCUGGAGGUGAUGCUGGAAAACAUCGCAGCCAGAGAGAAGGAGAAGACGGAGAAACGGAUCCAGAGAGAGAAGACAAUAGCCGCCAACAUGGCUAAGAUGCCCAAAAUGGUCGCUGACUGGAAGAAGCAGAAACGGGAGACCAAACUAAAGCAGAAAGAGGAAAAGGUGAAAAAAGAGAGACUGCUGGCCGAGGCAAGAGAGCGAUUCGGCUAUGCCGUGGACCCCCGCAGUUCCAAGUUCAAAGAGAUGGUGGCUGAACUAGAGAAAGAGGAGAAGAAGAAGAGGAAACUUUUGAAACGCAGGAAAAGAGAAGAUGACUUGACCCCAACAUCAGCUGAAUCCAGCCAAUAAUUCUCACUGUGAGAACAACAAGGACUUCAAUGCAGUGUUGCUGUACAAUAUUGUGACGUUGUUUUCUUUUACACACAUGUAAUUGUGAUUAUCCUGCAGUUUUUCAUUUCAUUGUACUUUGCUAAAUCAACAUGCCAGUCAAAAACAUCUUCAGAAUAAAAGUAUUUAUAGUUAUAA